AUGGGUCGCUCCCUCGUCCGCCACUGCCUCAACCAAAGCGACCUCGUCUGCGCGGUAGGCCGCACCUUCGAGAACACCCUCCCCUCGAUGCAAAACUGGCACCCCAACUGCCUCGGCACGCUCUGCGACGUGCGCGCGCGCGAGACCGUCACCGAGGUCUUCGAGACGGCCAUCUCGCACUUCGGCCACGUCGACAUCGUCGUCAACUGCUCCGGCUACGGCGUCAUCGGCGCCUGCGAGGACCAGGACGAGCACGAGCUGCGCAACCAGUUCGAGACGAACUUCAUGGGUACCCUGCAUAUCAUCCAGUCCAGCUUGCCGUAUUUCAGAGAGCAGGGCCAGGGGAGGUAUCUCAUCUUUAGUAGUACGAGUGGGGCUUUGGGCGUUCCUGGGUUGGGCCCGUAUUGUGCGACGAAGUAUGCUGUGGAGGGACUUAUUGAAGCCAUGCUGUAUGAGAUUGACUCGUUCAAUAUCAAGGCUACGCUUGUGGAGCCCGGGCUGGUGAGGAGGGAUGAGCCGGAUUGGGAGUCGAGUCCGUUGCCUACUUGGGGGCAUUUCUUGAUCAAGCCGGCGAGUGAGCCGUAUUCGCAGGCGACGUCUCCGGCGUUGCAUGCGAAGAGGAUGGUGCAGUGGUUAGGGGAUAAACAGCCUACUAGUGCUAUCAAGUGUGCUGAGUUGGUUUGGCAGUUGGGACAUUGCUCGUACCCUCCACUGAGGCUACUACUAGGAAGCUAUGCUAUCGAGAGUAUUCGGGAUCGGUUAAGAUCUAUCAUUGAGGAGCUGGAGGAUUGGAAGCACUUGCAUUUCCCGGUGGCAGCUGAUGCUCCUAGUGAAGACAAAGAAGAGGAAGCCGAGAACUCGGGAAACAUGGACACGGGACCAUGA